CUCCCUGCCCGCGCCCCGCUCCUCACCCGGCGCACGCAACACAUGCACAUGCACACCCCAAGCUGCAAUUGCCUGCGCCCAGGCCUUCUCGCACGCUCCUCCCGUCCCACAGCCAGCAGCAGCAGCAACAACAGUAAUAUUGGCGAUCUGGUCUCGCGAUUCAAUGGGUUGGGUCUCAAGCAUGGCCUCGGCCAGACUCGCGGCAUGAAAGUCCGGAGCUCGGUCAAGAAACUGUGUGAAGGGUGCAAGAGCGUGAGGCGCAAGAAGGGACGUUAUGUGUAUAUUAUUUGUUCCAAGAAUCCCAAGCAUAAGCAGAGGUGA